AUGUCGCAGCAAUUAACACCGGCACUCAACAGUCUGGAACAGGUGAUGUCGUCGCCUGGACCGGCGCGCGAAAAGGACCGCGACGCGGCGAUCCGCACCGAGCUCGACAAACUGGCCAAGAUCAACGCCGCGUUCGAACAGAGCAGUAUCUCCAUCAGAGAGUCCACCAACUACAUUCGCAGAAUCAAGGAAAGCACCGUGAAGGCCAACGAACUGAUCCAGAUCUGGGGAAAGAUCUUGUCGCAGAACAAACACACAGCACAGCUGCUGUCGGACCCGGAAAACACAUGGAACGGAGCCAGCCACCAGGACGAAAAAGUGGCAGAUAAGCUCGCGCAGUACGAGGAGCUGCUCCAACGGUACGAACAUCUUGUCGCCGAGCGCAAGAACGACGACAAGCGCAGGCGCAGAAAGUCGCCAGCAUCAACACUAUCGUUCUCGUUGACCGUCACCUCGGAGAUCUUUCCCGAAACCGGCGAGCUGAUCACCAUUUCCAUCUUCAUGGCGCUCAAAACACACACCGGGUCGCCCUUCUUGACCUCGCCGCCGUUGUGCACACGCACCUCGAUCACCACUCCGGCCAUUGGGGCUCCAACCUCGUUCGGGUUGUGA